GGGAAGGAAGGUCUUCGCAUGAGCGCCAUUUUGGGGCCACGAAGUAUGUGUGAGUGUGUGUUGUACGAGAAGAGUGAGUGAGUAAUAGUAAAAGUGGAAGGUGGAAUUGAUAUAUAGUAUUAAAAAAUACAUGUAAUAAUGCCAGGCUGUUGUGCGAAAAAUUGUCGCAAUCGUGCAGAACAAGGAUUUCGUCUUUUUAGAUUUCCUGCUGACGAAAAACGUAAACAAAUUUGGAUUAAACAGUGUGCUAAACAUCCAAAAGGAGAUUCGAGGUUAUGUGAGGUAUUAUUGAAUCUGAGUAAAUUUCAUUUUGAUGAUUCUCAAUUUGAAAAUAAACGACAGGAUGGACGACGUAAAUUAAAACCUAAUGCCAUUCCUACAAUUUUUACAACUGAGGAAAGUAUUAAUGAAGUUUUACAAGAUGAAACUGAAUCUUCUGUAGGUGUUUUGACUGAAGAAAAUGUAAUUGAUCAAAUAAAUAUUCAGCAUGAUAAUCAACCUGUGCAUGUAGAUACAGAAACUCAAACUGAAUUGGGUGGAAAGCAUAUUUAUUUUUAA